UGACUGAAUAACUGGCUGACUGGCUGAAUGAAUGAAUGACUGUAUGAAUGACUGAAUGACUGGCUGACUGACCGAAUGCCCGCCCGAAAAGCCAUCCCGUCACGCGACCACGCAGCCCCGCCCCCUCCCGCCUCGCGCCCCCGGAGGAGGCGGAGUCACGUGGCGGAGGCGCGUGACCACGUCACGUGCGCAGCCCCCCCUCCCCGCGCGUAGACGACCUCCGUCGGCGCGACGUAACGUCAACGGUUCUCGGCCGGCGCCAAAAUUCAAAGCGACCGGAAGUCGCUCGGCCCGGCGCGCGCCACACUGCGCACGCGCGUUUCCCUGAGGCGGCGGACCCGCUUCUCCUCAGCCCUCGUUCUCGCCCCUUUCCCUGUGUGCGACACACUGUGCUAAGCGCUCCGCCGGCCAGAUCGCGUGUGACCUUGGGACGUCGGCUCUGAACGGGUCGACCGCGAAGAUGCACAUCAAGUCGAUCAUUCUCGAGGGAUUCAAGUCGUAUGCCCAGCGGACUGAGGUGAAUGGCUUCGACCCGCUCUUCAACGCUAUCACGGGCCUGAACGGGAGCGGAAAGUCGAACAUCCUGGACUCCAUCUGCUUCCUGCUGGGGAUCUCCAAUCUGUCACAGGUGCGCGCUUCCAACUUACAGGAUCUGGUCUACAAAAACGGGCAAUCCGGGAUAACCAAGGCCACGGUGUCGAUUACCUUUGAUAAUGCCGACAAGAGCCAGAGUCCUCUGGGAUUUGAGAUCCAAGAUGAAAUUACAGUUACCAGGCAGGUGAUCAUCGGUGGUCGGAAUAAAUAUUUAAUCAACGGCAUCAACGCAAAUAACACCAGGGUCCAGGACCUGUUCUGCUCUGUCGGGCUUAAUGUCAACAAUCCGCAUUUUCUCAUCAUGCAGGGUCGAAUAACCAAAGUCUUGAAUAUGAAGCCCCCAGAGAUUUUAUCCAUGAUCGAAGAGGCGGCUGGAACGCGAAUGUACGAAUGCAAAAAGAUCAGCGCACAGAAAACCAUCGAGAAGAAGGAAGCCAAGCUGAAAGAGAUUGAGACGAUAUUGGAGGAAGAGAUCACCCCAACUCUCCACAAAUUAAAAGAGGAACGCGCUUCCUAUUUGGAGUACCAGAAAAUCAUGCGGGAAAUCGAGCACUUGAAUCGCCUCUACGUGGCCUAUCAGUUCACGCUCGCCGAAGAGACCAAGGUGCGCUCGGCGGGUGAGCUAAAGGAAAUGCAGGAUGCCGUCGUCGAGCUCCAGAGGGACAUGGCCGAGAACGAGAAGAGAAUGAAGGAACUGAGCCAGGAAAUUGCGGCCCUGGAAAAAAGAAAAGACAAGGAGAUGGACGGUGUGCUCCAGUCGCUGGAAGGGGUCCUUGCCGAAGCUCAGCGGGCCGAUACCAAAGCGCAGAGCGCCCUCGAUCUCAAGAAGAAGAAUCUGGCCAACGAAGUGGCCAAGCACAAAGAGCUGGUAAAGAGUAUGGAAGAGGAUUGCGCGGCGCUGGCGGCCAAGGAGAAGGAGGUGGCCAAGCUGGCGGCUGGGCUGAGCGCCCUGCGGGAGGCCAGCCGCGGGGACACGGCGGCCCUGGCCGCGGCCCAGCAGCGCUUCAACGCCGCCGCCGCCGGGCUGGCCACCACGGAAGACGGCGAGGAGGCGACGCUCGCCGAGCAAAUGAUGGCCUGCAAGCACGAGAUGAGCAAAGCGCAGACCGAGGCCACGCAGGCCCAGAUGAAGCUGGAACACGCCCAGGCGGAGCUGAAGACGAAACAGGCCGAAGCGAAGCAAACGGACCGCGGCUACGAGAGAGACCAAGAAACCCUUCGCGCGGCGGCCAAGGCGAAGGAGAAGCUGGAGGCCGAAAUGGAGAAGCUCAACUACGAAGAUAACAAGGAAGAAAAUCUCCUGGAAAAAUCCAGGCAGCUCUCGCGCAACGUCAAUAAGCUCAGAGAAAAAUACGAGGCUCUGCUGUCCAGGUUCCCGAACCUCCAGUUUGAAUACAAGGAUCCGGAGGCGAACUGGAACAGAAACAAGGUUAAAGGGCUCGUCGCUUCGUUGAUUAGCGUCAAAGACCCGUCCACGAUAACGGCUCUAGAGGUCGUGGCCGGCGGGCAGCUCUACCACGUGGUGGUGGACACGGAGGUCACUGGUAAAAAGCUGCUUGAGAAGGGCGAGCUGAAACGCCGGUACACCAUAAUUCCCCUCAACAAAAUCUCAGCCAGGAGUAUCGGGCCGGAAACUCUGAAAAUGGCGGAGAAGCUGGUGGGCGCCGACAACGUGCACGUGGCGCUUUCCCUGGUGGGCUACGAGCCCGAACUUCAGCAAGCCAUGGAGUACGUCUUCGGCACGACCUUCGUCUGCGCCCACCUGGACGGCGCCAAGAAAGUGACUUUCGAUAAAAGGAUCAUGACGAAAACCGUCACCCUCGGCGGUGACACCUUUGACCCGCGCGGGACCUUAAGCGGAGGCGCCCGAUCGCAGGCGGCUUCGGUCCUGACCAAGCUGCAAGAGCUCAGGGGUGUCCAAGACGAGCUACGAGCGAGAGAGGCCGAGCUGCGCGUGGCCGAAAAGGAAUUAGCCGGGCUGAAGAGCGUCGCCGAAAAGUACCGCCGGCUGAAACAACAGUGGGAAAUGAAAUCGGAGGAGGCGGAGCUGUUGCAAAUCAAGCUGCAGCAGAGCUCCUACCACAAGCAGCAAGAAGAGCUGGACGCCCUGGGGAAAAUUAUCGAGGAAAGCGAAGAGACCCUAAGGAACACCAAGGAGAUCCAGAAAAAGGCGGAAGAGAAGUACCAGUCGUUGGAGAAGAAAAUGAAAAACGCGGAGGCUGAACGAGAGAAAGAACUGAAGAAUGCCCAGAAGCAGCUGGACGGGGCCAAAAAAAAGGCAGAUGCUUCGAAUAAAAAAAUGAAAGAAAAGCAGCAGGAGGUCGACGCCGUGACUUUGGAGCUGGAAGAGCUCAAGAGAGAGCAGACCUCCUACGGCCAACAGAUCGCUGCCGUCAACGAGGCGAUCCGGUCCCACGAGGAGGAGAUCGAAUCCGUGGCGGCCGACGUGGCCAAGAAUAAGGAAGCGGUAAAGCAAGCCCAGGAGGAGUUAGCCCGGCAAAAGGAAGUCAUCGCGACCCAGGAGAACAUCAUUAAGGCCAAAUACGCCACAGCGGCAAAGUACAAAGAGCAGAACAACGACGCCCAGCUGAAAAUCAAGGAGGUGGAGCACAGCAUCGGCAAACACAAGCGCGAGUCGGCGGAGGCUGCUGCCAAGGUCUCGAAAAUGCUGGCGGAUCACGACUGGAUCGCUGCCGAGAGGCGGCUGUUCGGCCAGCCCAACACCGUGUACGAUUUCCAAGCCAACGAUCCCAAGGAAGCCGGCCAGAGGCUGCAGAGGCUGCACGGGACGAAAGAGAAGCUGCAGCGGAGCGUCAACAUGCGAGCCAUGAACAUGCUCACCGAGGCCGAAGAGCGGUAUAACGACCUGAUGAAGAAGAAGAGGAUCGUCGAGAACGACAAGACCAAAAUCCUGGCCACCAUCGAAGACCUGGACGAGAAGAAAAACGAAGCCCUCAACAUUGCGUGGCAGAAGGUCAACAGUGACUUCGGCUCCAUCUUCUCCACCCUCUUACCCGGGGCCAACGCCACGCUCGCACCGCCCGAGGGGAAGACGGUGCUGGAGGGGCUGGAAUUCCGAGUCGCCUUGGGAAACAUCUGGAAGGAAAAUCUGACGGAGCUGAGCGGGGGUCAGAGGUCGUUGGUGGCCCUGUCCCUCAUCCUGUCCAUGCUCCUCUUCAAACCGGCCCCGAUCUACAUCCUGGAUGAGGUGGACGCCGCCCUCGAUCUCUCCCACACCCAGAACAUCGGCCAGAUGCUCCGGAGUCACUUCCAACACUCUCAGUUCGUGGUGGUGUCCCUGAAGGACGGGAUGUUCAACAACGCCAACGUCCUGUUCAAGACCAAGUUCGUGGACGGCGUGUCGACCAUCGCCCGCUACGCCCAGCCCCAGAACGGAAAGCACAAGGCCAAGGCCGCCAAGCCCAGGCCCCCGACGGAGGCCUGACGGGCGCCACGACCCCCUUUUUUAAUCCCGCGGUGACUUUUAAUAGACUCCUCGGCGACGGCGACCUGGCCGAGCCAGACGCCCCCCCCCCCCCAUUUUUAAAAAAAAGAAAUGAACUGGACGGAUAUCCUCGCUCCGUAGGCCCCGUCUCCAUCUUUCCCUUUUAACGGGCCGGCCGAGGAGAUUUUCCUCUCCGCGUGCGGCGUUUCCGGAGGGAAAAUAUAUCACUCACUG